AUGGCUAGUAGAAAAAGACCCAGUGCACGACAACCUGCUGAUAGUAGACGACUGCCGGUAAAAAAUCGCAUCCCCGGUCUUACGCAGCAACCUGGAAGCGCCAAAAUAACACCUAAUAUAUCGUAUACUCCCAUAUUUAAUAUAGAAUCACCACGUACACCACCUCCCGGGCAGCCCUCCUCUUCUGAUUGGGAUUAUUACACUCCUUCGCAACGCGAACAAAUACAAGCAGAAGCAUGGAGCAAAUUAGUCGAAACAUGGCAACAAUGGCCCGAAUUUGAGAAGAUAUGGGAAGGAGUGCGACAUCUCGGGAAAGGCGGAGCCGGCUCUGCAGACCUGUAUCGAAAGAUUGGGUCGGGAAAGGGAACGGAAGGAAUGCCUGAGUAUAUUGUGGUCAAACAAGCUGAUAGAUCAGACCAGGAUCUUUUGAGCGAAUCAAUGUUACUUCAAUUAUUAGUGGAUAGGAAUACGCCCCAUGUGCUGAGAAUAUACCAGGGAUACCAUGAAGGCGAGGUUGUGCCACGUAACAUUGGAGGAAUGUUUGACAUCGGCAGAGAGAAUUUCAAAAAGCGGCAGAAGAGGUGUCAAAGUAGGAUAUAUCUCGAAUUUUGCGAGAAUGGCGAUGUCGAAAAUUGGAUGAUAAAUCAAAUUGAAAAGUCCGGCACUGUACUUCAAGAGAAAGACAUCUGGAACAUAUUUGAGUGUUUGGCUCGAGCAUGCAUCGUACUCGAGAGAGGAAGUGAGAAUCUAGAGGCUGAAAAUGAUCCAGACUGGAUUCCUAUCUGCCACUUAGAUCUUAAACCGGCAAACAUACUCAUUAGAGAGAAGGACGAAAUUCAUGAUACCGACAUCUUUAAGAUGGGAGACUUUGGUUUAGCAAGCCAUGUUCCUAAUAAUCCACAAGACCCUGGAUGGCUCGAUCAUGUUGCGAAUAAUUUGUCGCUCGGAUGUGGCGCCCCAGAACAAUUUUUCCCUCAAAUGCAGAAUCGUUUCUAUAGUACACCUGCCAAUGUCUUUGGCGUAGCUGCAAUAGUAUAUUUCCUAAUGACGAAGCAACAACUUAGAAUAGGCCAAGACAUGGCUUAUGUAGGAUUUCCAUCAUUAGACAGUGAUUCCACAGUAGCACUACGGACACUAGUGCUUACAUGUGGACGGAGCCUACUCGAUGAUCUCACGAUCAAAAGCUCGGGUAUCUAUUCGAAAACUCUCGUAAGAACGUUACUCCAAUGUCUAGCGUAUUCACCCCAUGAGCGUAUGACAGCGAGACAAUUACUCGAUGUCUGUACCACUGGUAGAUUUCUGUGCAAAAGCACGAGAGAAGAAUAUAUAUAUGAAGAUAGCCAGCCAGUGACCAAUUACUGGCCAGAAAGAGCUGCGUCAAGCAUUCCAGAAUAUCAGGAUCCCAAAAAACGUUUGAAAUAUAAUCCAACCCACGAAUCGAUUGCAGAGGAAAAAGAGAGGGAAGAAAUAUUCCUGGCGUCUUUCUGGGUAACUCCGCCUAAACGAAUAGCACCGCCACUCUCGUUUCCCGCAAGUGCCUUCAGCUCCACGCUGGGUUCCAGCUCAAGUUCAGGUGCAAAGAUGUCUUACAAUUUUGGAGAAUUGACCUCGGCUCCACAAUUUGGUGGCUCUGAUCUUUUUGAAUCUGAAAACACCUCUGGUGUUAAUCUCACUCCAGGAAGUAGCUUUAUGUUCGGACAACAUCAGCCUCCAGAGCCUCAGCCUGGCAGCUCGAAUAUUUUUGGCCCUGGAAACGCCUUAGGCACCAGUAAUUUUGAGUUUGAACAACGAAAAUCUUCAAAUCCUCACUGA